GCCUUAAGCGCGGUAGGUAAGCAGCACUCUGUAGGUAAAAUGCAGUCGGAGUCUUUCGCUGGAUAAAGCGGAUAUAUUUUUAAUUGGGCGAUUUUUUUAUUGUAGCUUUCGCAAAAACAGAGUGGAUAAGAAGUGUGGACAACCUUUUACAACGUGAUUGUCUCUGCAUGUCUUUACGCAAAAGGUAUCGGUGUGUGUGGGCAAAUGGACAAGGUGUUUUCCUGGAGACUCGGAGUCUUCUUGGUUGUCACUUUGCUGCGGCUUUUCCCAGGUGAUUCCCAGAGAGUGGAGAUGCCAAAGAAAGACAUAGAAGCCAUCAAGGGCCAAAUGGUGGUUCUGGAGGCCUGGUACACGCCCACAUCCGUCAUCGAGAAAAAUACAGUUAUCUGGAACUUCAAGGCUAGAGAGUACAAAAAUAUCAUCACCUAUUCUUCAGGAGAGAUCGGGAUUGGAAGUUCUGAAUUCAGAAAACGUGUUGGCUUCGCUGUGUCCAUGCCCUCCACCAACCUCUCCAUCUACAUUAACAACACUCAGGAGUCUGACUCGGGGAAUUAUCUCUGCAACGUCAUCAUUCCUGGAGCACCAACUCUCUCUGGGGAGCUGAACCUUGACGUUAAAGUUCCUCCAACCCCUCCAGUGUGCUCUAUUACCGGUGAUCCUGUGUUAAGGGGAAACGUGACUCUGAGCUGCAAGUCCAGCUAUGGCAAACCUGUUCCUCAGUACAAGUGGACCAAGGCUGCUCCUGUCUCCGAGAUCUACUUCCCUCCAAUGCAGAAGGGGAGGUCAUGCCCUCAGCCUGUGCUAGUGCUCGGGUACAUGGAUGAAAGGCAGGGCACCCUGAAGCUGACAAACUUGACCAAAAGCAUGUCAGGAAAAUAUGUGUGCAAGGCCAGCAACACAGCCGGAAGCGACAGCUGCCACAUCAACUUGGAAGUCUCUACCCCCAGCAAUAUCUGGUUUAUAGCAGGAGCCACUGUGGGUUCAGGUUUUGGGAUCAUGGCCCUCGUCCUGUUUUUGGUCCUGAUCUUCAGGAGGGAAUGUGACAUAGAAGAGGAAAUGGCCAAUGAAAUCAAGGAGGAUGCUCAGGCUCCAAAGCGGGUCUCCUGGUCUAAGAGCGCUACCCCAUCAGACAUCAUCUCUAAGAAUGGCACACUGUCUUCUAUAGCCAACAGUCCUGCCCCCCAGGACCCUCCUCACAUCCAUACCAACCACUACCCAUACUCCCGUGGGGGAUGUAACUCCAUUCCCACUGCUCCAGCUGGCAUACAACUGUACCCAGGAGAGCCCAAUCCGCUCCAUGGGCUGCCUGGCUACAAUGUCAGCAAGAUGCCUACCCUUGCCCAACAUCACCAGCAACCAAAGAACAGCAGCACACUCAGGACUGAUGGAGCUCAGCCACAGGCACCCUGCCCCACUCCUGUACUCAUCACAUCUGGGCCACUGUGUGGCGCUGUGCCUGUCAUGGUACCUGCCCAGAAACAGGCCGGCUCACUCGUCUAGAUUAUGUCAAGUCAAAUACUCCAACUCUUACUAAGAGUAGAAAAUAGAUCUGACGACUUUGUAAUACAUGUUGGAGAUUUACAUGAUUUAUAGUAUUUAGAAUACUCUACAGUAUGUCCGAUAUAAGUAGCCUGUUUUAUAAAGUAUAUUUUAUGGGUGAAGAUCAGGGUUUCCCCCUAAAGCAGUACAGUAUAUUUUCAUGUUUUCAAACCUACAUCUGUAAUCGAGACAGUGUUAUUGAUUUUGACACGGGUGACAACUCUUUUUUCAGAUUUGAUAGACUGUUUUUUUUUUUGUAAGGGAUAGUUCAGAUUUUUUUAAGUCUGUCUUAAAUCUAAAUAGAUUCUGAUUUAUGUACUCCGACCAUGAAGCUUGUGACCCAGAACGUAAAUACAAUGUUAGUGUUCAGGGCCAAAUUUCACAGCCUUUGCCUCUUGCAAAAAUGUAUUCUAAAGUUUAGUUGAGUCUCUUAUAAAGCUUCUGCAUUCCCACCAAGCUAAAUCUAAUUUGGCUUCUUUCAAAGUUACAAUGUACUUUAUGUAGAACCAAUGUAACUCUUUCUCAUCUUUCAGUUAUAUGACUAAUUUUGGUGAAAGAAAAUAGAAAUACACCAAAUAUUCGAAAGAUACAAACUCCAUUUAGCUAAGUUAAGUCUCAUCCAAUCUUUGGGAAGCAAUUUUGCUCAGAAUGUGUGUUAUGGAAUUUGGACCCAGUUACUACUGUACCAUUGUACUUGCGUUCUGGGUGACAGACUUAACAGUCGAUGUGCAGAGCAGGAAUAUUUCUAACAACCAAGCUCUAUUGUAAUGUACUUAUAUGCACCUCAAUUUUGAUUUAAGAAGGACUGAGAAAAAUAGACUCAUAAAAGAAACUGGGGAAAGUCAAGAAUGUAAUGCUAUAAGCCUGGUAUGUAUAAAUAGUUACAGACACUAAUACAGUCGAUGCAGUUCAGUUAUGAUUAGAGUGAUUUUACAGCAGGUGUAUGUUAGGGGUGUUCUACUUUAAAUGUUACCUUGUGCCUCUUUUUUGCUCAGGUGUUUCUACCUUUUGGAAGCCCAACUCUUAAACAGCCAUCAGCAGAUAUCUCAGCCUAAACAACCGUUUUUGUGUUUUAAAAAGUUAUUUGUUACUUGGUUUUCUGUGUAUUUUAGGAAUACAGUAAGUGAACUUAUUUGUAAACAAUGUAUCUAUUUAUAGAAAGGGCAAAACAGCACGUCUUUGUAGUCAUGUACUUUUUUUUUGUCUUAGGAAAUAUUGUUUUUUCAUCUGAGUUUAAUGUCAAGUUUGUGACAUUACGGCCAAUUCUUUAGUUCUGUACUUGGUUUAAUGCACAUAGAUUGGAAUUAUUAUUCCCAGCAAAAAUGCUGAAUGUUUAGUUUUAAAAAAAUGGAAUAGAAUGUUUCUUUUCCGUUGAUGAAUCAAUGAUUUAAUUUUUUUAUUAUUUUUAUUCCUGUAUACUCCAUAACUGUCCGCAUGGUGGAAGCAAAGAUGUAACCAUAGUUCUUUUAUGAAAGAGAAAAAUAAAU